CCUGGGAGGUCCAGGAUGUCGAGCACGGACACUUUGGCACGAAGAAGUUGGUCUACUGAGAGCGGUGGUGAGAGAGGAGUUGGUGAUGACACGAACUCGUUAAUGAGGGAAUACUUCAUACAAAUGGCGGAAAAGAGAAGACUCCGCGUUGAAAGAGAAAAUGAAGAAGUCAGACUGUGCAAAGUAGAAGAGGAGAGAUGUGCAAAAGAAAAUCGAUGUUUGAUGAGACAGGAGGAGCGAAUUAAACUCGAGGAAGAAAGAGACACCAGGCUGUUGCAGAUCAUCCAUAGCGAGAUGAGGAAGCACGAAGAAGAUAAAAGGGAAAGAUAUGAGAGGAAAGGGAAAGGGGCAGCUAGAACUAUUGGACACAGUGAGGCGAUCGAAGCUGAGAAAGAAAGGUUGCGUCGCCUGAUAGCUCCCGAAGCCCUUGAAGCUGCUGACGAGGCAAAAGACGAGGAGUUACGUACCUUGAGGAGGAUGGCGGCAAGAAUGAACUUGAUUGAGAAGCGGAAAAGGGGACCCGACUUACCGGUUGGGAAUAGUCCCCCAGUGAGUACACCCGAGAAGAAGGCGAAUACGAAACUGACUGAAGAAUCGAAGGCUCGUAUCGAAGUGUUGAAGCAGAAACUUGGGACAGAUUUGGGGACCGCCAGCACACUGACGAAGAUUGACCUCUCACUCAAGCAUAUUACAGCAUCUUGCGGUGUUGGCGGGAAAGAGCGCUUCGAACGCGACUGCCAUGAUUUUUACGACUCCUUGACCGUCGAGGAACUCAAGGAAGCAUGUCGGCGAGAGAGAGUUGCUUAUGGAAAGAGAGAAUUGGCGAUUAAACGUCUUGUGAUUCGUAGGUCCGCGGUGGCAUACGACCCGGCGAACAUUCCGUUACCUUCAACUCCGAAAACGGUAGCAAGGAGCACCAGAGGGGUUGUGAUCCGAGAAGUCAAGGAGAAUGCCGCCACUGACUUUUCGGAUUCCGAUGCUUCCUAUUCGAACGACGAGUCGGAUUAGGAACCUGGUCGUUGCGACGACUACCUCGGGAUUGCAAAGAAUAUUCGCGAAAGAAGACGAAAGAAUGAAGGAAGUGGCCAGGG